GGUCCCGCCCGGCUCGCGUUACCUGGGCGGGCCGCUGCCCGGCUCUUCCCGUCUAGCCCGGCCCCCGCGACGGGAAGUGGGAGCGAGGGACCGAGCUCGGACGCCGGAGCCAUGGAUCUCGCCGCAGCCCCGGUGCGGGGACGGCUCCUGCUCGCCGUCUGCUGGGUGCUCGCCGGGAGCCCGGCGGCAGGAGCGAAUGUUCUCCCACCUCCAUCCAACCUGGAAUACUCAUUUAUCCAAAUCUGCACCCUGAACUGGACGUGGAACCCCCCGGAGAGCGUCAGCAGUGACUGUGACCUGGAGUAUUCCAGCGACAUCGUGAUUGAUGAGGUCCCUCAGGACAACAGAAAGUGGAGUAAGAGCCGCUUCCGCGUGACGGAUACGUUCCUGAAUGAGGAAAUGCGCUUCAAAGUGAGAAGUGAAUGCAAGAACGCCAACACCAGCGAGCCCAGCCGGUGGGUGGAGGCCUCUCUCCUGCCAGAAGGUAUUCCAGGUACUGCUGCUGUCGACUUGAGCUGCGUUUGGCACAAUUUGGAGUACAUGGUUUGUACGUGGCGUCCUGGGAGAAACGCAAGCGAUGCGACCAAUUAUAUGUUGUUCUACUGGUUUGAUGGUAUGAAGAAGCAUAAGAAGUGCAGCAACUCUUCUGUGCACCAAGGAGUCUUUGGAUGCGUUUUCAAUCUUAGCUUCCCGAAAGUGACCAAUACUUACCCAGCUGUAAGGAUUCUGAUUAAAGAUGAGUCUGAAGAAAUUAGGCCUCUGUGUGCGAGUAAAAACCCCACCACCCUGGUAAAACCUGCUACCCCGAGACGAGUUACACUGUCCAAGGUGAAUGAUGAGAUAUAUGUGGAAUGGAGUGGAUCAGAGCCCUUCCCAGAAAACUGUUUGUUUUAUGAAGUUGAAUAUCACAAUGGUGACAUGGACAAUGCGCAGUUAAUCAAAGUUGAAAGUAAUUAUACCUCAAUACCUAGUGUUGAUCCUAACAGCAAGUACAUCUUCAAAGUGAGAGCAAAACCAAAGCCUGAGUGUUACAGCAGCAACUUCUAUAGUGACUGGAGUAAAGAGGAGAGCAUUGGCGAGAAGAUGGACUCUACGUUCUCCUUUGCUUUGAUAGUCACCAUUCCAGUAAUAGUAGCAGUCUCUACAAUAGUUCUACUGGUCUAUCUAAAAAGGCUGAAGAUACUGAUUCUUCCACCAAUUCCAGACCCUAGAGAAAUUCUUAAGCGCAUGUUCGGAGAGCAGAAUGAGGAUUCCCGGAGCUGUGCAAAGGAUGACCCUGUGAAUGCUUACGACCGGUUAAUAAAGGAAGAGGAAAUUCAUUCUUUGAUUUUAACAGAGCCUCCAGAGUGCACUAAUUCAGAAACAGAAAACUGAUAAACUCUGCUUUACCAGAGAAAGGUGAGGAAGCUCAUUCCUGCUCCUGUACCGCAGGUGCCAAUGAGGAUGUGAAGAGGCCUCCAAGACAUUCACCAACUUUCACCUUGCUGAGUCCUCUCUGAGCCUUGCUUUGAUGCUCAGAAGACACAUCACUAACAGUGGCCAUUCCUCCAUCUCUGCUAGAGAUACUCAUCUUGGAUCAUUCACGAUGAGCAUGUACAUACAUUUCAUGUGACUGCAUUGCAUCUCUCCUGGCUCCAGCCAGCUCUGCCCUGUUGCUUGUCGUUCGCACUGGUUUUGUGCCUCAGACUGGACUGUCAACGGUUUUUUUUGGAGCAAGAACUGUGACUUCUCAGAAGUAUUUGGCUCUGUUCUGCAGCAGAUGAGCUGGGGCUCGUUUACAGUGGGUGGCUCCUUAGUGCUGCUGUGGAACUGCUGCCAGGUGGGAUGCCAGAGCAUGGACACUUUGUGGAUGGCCUUUUCCAUGUGCACCAGGACACUUUCAGCAGGACAUUUAUGGACUGCCUUUCUUGUGCUUCUGGUUGAUGUGUGUCAGCAGUGGCCUGGCAAACCCCAUUAGAGAGUUGUUUUCUCUUUACCAAUGUGUGUGAAAAGCCUCACCACUUUCCAGCUGGCAUUCAGACUAUUCAUAGAGAAGGCUGCUUUUUGUCUUUUCAAGUACCUGUCCUCAGAUGUCUUCAUGGACUCCUUGCCUUGAUUAUACUUUCUUUAAAAUGAUGACUGUAACCUUUUCAUUUGUGUUGUGCAGUGGCAGGUAACUGCAUUGAGUCUCAGCAGACUCUGAUUCUACCUUGGCCACAUUGGCCUGAAAACAGCUGAUUUUUGGAAGCUAAGUCAUCCUGAGUCUGUGCAGCGUAAUUCCCAGGAUGGAUGCGUGAGUCUAAGGAGCUGUGGUCAGAUGAGCAAGUGCCAAACCAUAGAAACUGAACUAAUUCAAAGGCUUCAAGAGCCAUCCUCACUGCUGAGCUGGUGGAUGUGGGUGAAGAGGGGAUGACAGCCUUGGCCUGCUUUCUGAGGAAUAAGCUUUAUUCUUUCAUUAGUGAUGGGGCUGGGAUUCGAGCUUCCCCUCUAGGAGCUUAGCAAUUGAAAACCAGGUGCUGAUUUGACUUCCUAUCAAACCAAAUUUCUUCUGUGUUUUGCUGCAGCAGCUUGGUGACUUUAACGGUGAAUUGAUUUGAUCCUUUUGUGAUGGUUUUGUUUUGAGGUUGCUUUGCCCAGCAAAGCUCAACGGAUGUUCUCUGGCACAACAUCAACAGUUCUCUGCUGUGCAUUCUGAGCACUAGUAUUUACCCUGCACGGGUGUUAACAGCAGUACCUUGAUUGUGCUGGAGCAGAAAAUAAUGUCAUGGAGAGGAGGGGAUCCUUGGGCAGAAAGGGAUCCAUGCAGGCUGCCUGUGGUUAGUGUUCAGGAAUGUCUUGUUCUUCCCAGCUAGGUGCAGGCACGUUAGUCAUUGAUACAGUGGGUCUCAGCAGACUGGGAAGAGAUGUGCUCAGGAGUCUGCCAGGAGCAAGUUCCAUAACCAGUGACCUUUCAAAUUUCAGCCCUGUCCUCAAACUCCAUUCAGGCAGAAAUCUGGAGUGAAAUGUUAGAGCUUCAGAACACUUUGUUCUCCGAGAAGUAGAACGGAGCUUGCUUUUUAGCUGCACAUUUCCAUCCUUUGCCUUCCUGUGUAUUCCCUCCCUCUCAAGCCAAUUCUUUCUCCAGUCCCCACUUCUCAACUGUACAGUUUCAUCUACAUCUCUUGUCUGCCUCUCGUUACUGGUGGUAGAAAGGAGAGGAGAAAUGCAGCAGGACGAGCAGCCCCAUGAUAGCUUCAAUCUUUUGCCUACAACCAGGCUGAAAACCAAAGAAGUCUACAAAAAACUUGGUUCAUGAGACAAAUGAGAAUAAAGCCUCAGGGAUUUCAGUGAGCGAAAGCAAAACUCAGGUUGUACAACGCCAGCCAGCAGCACUGUCUGAUAACACAAAGGUAAAGGAAUAGCAUGGGGGAAAGGGUAAUUAAAUCCCUGUGCCAACUUCAUUCCCUCUCCCCCGCAACAGAGACUUCUCCAAUCUACCUCAUCUAGAAUCUUGCUCAUCAUAGAGCACUCACCAGAGAGGUAUGAUUUCAAGAUAAGUAAGCAUAACAGUGUAAUAUGAACUCUGUGGCUUUCAGUAUAGCAAUCUAGGAAGAUGAGCCUUGGUAUUCACCCUCCAUUCUGUUGACUUUUGUUUUGGGGCUUGUGGUAAAACCAAAGCUCAUUUGUUUGAAAACCAAAAAGGAACCCCGAAUUUAUAAAGCUAAAGGAGUGGAAAAACCAGAUUGGAGGUGUUGAGCAAGAGGAGGCCAUGGACGCAGAGGGUGGUUUAGAUCACUACAGCAAAAUGGUUUGGGUAAUGCUCUUUCAAAUAACAGGCACUGACACACUUCCUCGUGGAUGGAUUUCUUGAGCCUGCGUCUUGGCCUGUGAAGUGUCUGAGGGUAUUUUCACCCUCAGUGUGUCUUGUUUCUGGUUAGGGGGGUUUAUAGCUUGGCAUCUUCCAAGUUUUGCUGUCAUUUGUUCAUUCUUUGUUGCAGUUACUUGGUCUAGAAGCUUGUGUAAAGGCUGAAUAAAGAUGUUUGGAUGUUUUUCAAUAGAA